CUUCUUAGUAGCGUUUUAUAUUUUCCAUCAUCGACUAUCCUAAGUGAGGCUGUUUCAACGAAUAGUGUUGUUGAAAAUGUUUAAAUCGGUGGUGCUACUUGCCAUUGUUGGCCAAGUAUUAGCCCAAGAAUGCGGAGUAUGCCCCCCCGGGCCGUGCCAUGCAGAUGACAGAUGUCGAGGAGCACAAGAUCCCAUGAAUCCUGUUAAAUUGCCACAUGCCGAUUGUGGAAAGUUUUACAAAUGCAGUGGAGGUAACGCCUGUGAGAUGAGUUGUCCAGCAGGACUGCACUGGAGUACAACACUCAAUCGUUGUGAAUGGCCUCAUAUUGCUUGCUGCGAUAGUACAAUCGAAUGCCGUCCGUGUCCAGAACAAUGUCCAGCUCCUACUCCGGCACCAGGUACUACGACUACUACAACGACUACUACUACAACCACUACUCCUGCUCCUACUCCUGGUCCAUCUGACCCGUGUCUCCCAUGUGUGACGCAGUGUUUCGAUGACGCCAGAUGUCCUGUUGCUGAAGACCCUAUGAAUCCAACGCUUCUGCCACACGAAAAUGAUUGCACAAGAUUCUACAAGUGUUCCAACGGCCAACGCUGUCUGAUGGAGUGCCGUGCUGGAGAACAUUUCAGUAACAAGCUACAAAGAUGUGAAUGGCCCAACUAUGCUUGCUGUGAUCCAACCAUUCCGUGUGAACCUUUCCCGGACCCAACUGACCCGUGUUGGCCAAAUCCGUGCCCAGUUCCAGACUGCCGUCCGGAUAUUGGAUGCCCAACCAUAGAUGAUCCUAUGAAUCCGAUUCAUUUGCCAAAUCCUAAUAGCUGCCUAUCUUUCUACAAAUGUUUAAAAGGAGAAGCGUGCCUCAUUUCCUGUCCAGUAGGCCAGCAUUGGAGCCAAGCUUUGAAACGUUGCGAAUGGCCAAACAUAGCCUGCUGCGAUAGUAACGUAGUGUGCUGUGCUCAAUGCCUUGCCAACAGACGACAGGAGCUGGCCCGAGUUUUCGGUAUUAAAAUGUACGAAUAAUUUAUUCGUUAUGUUCCUUUCUGAAAGAAAAUCUGCACAUAUUCUAAUUUAUAUCAUACACAAUAUUGAAUGAAUUAUAAAUGUUGUUCAAGCCGCAAUCUCUGUUACUAGGCAGUGGAUCAUCCAA